AUGGCAAACAUCAAAUAUAUGCUAUUAAUCUCUCGACAAGGGAAGUUAAGAUUACAGAAAUGGUACACUGCAAUUGCUGCCAAAGAGAAGACAAAGAUAGUGAAGGCAUUAACGUCGAUAAUACUAGCACGUAAGAAGAAGAUGUGCAAUAUAGUUGAAUAUGGUGAUCAUAAGGUAGUCUAUCGAAGAUACGCGAGUUUAUAUUUCAUAUGUGGUAUAAGUCAAAACUCUGACAAUGAAUUAUUGACUUUGGAGAUCGUUCAUAGAUAUGUAGAGACUAUGGAUACAUAUUUUGGUAAUGUUUGUGAAUUGGAUAUAAUUUUCAAUUUUGAGAAAGCAUAUAAUAUAUUAGACGAAAUGAUAAUGUGUGAUGGGUCAAUCACUGAAACAAGUAAGAGUAAUGUUCUGAACAAUAUCAAAACCAUGGAUAUUCUUGAGAAUAAUGAUAAUCUAGAUAGAGUUUUAAGUUAA